GUGGGAAAUGUAUUAAAGACAGCUCCACGCUCAUCAUUCAUCAGAGAAUUCACACUGGAGAAAAGCCAUAUAAAUGCAGCGAAUGUGGGAAAUUCUUCAGGUACAGCUUCACCCUCAAAAGACAUCAGAGAGCUCACACUGGAGAAAGGCCAUACGAGUGCAACGUGUGUGGGAAAUUUCUUAUGGACAUCUCCACACUUAUUAUUCAUCAGAGAGUUCACACCAGGGGAAGGCGUUUUGAGUGCAGCAAAUGUGGAAAAUUCUUUAGGUACCGCUUCACACUUGAGAGACAUCAGAAAGCUCACACUGGAGAGAGGCCUUAUGAGUGUAGUGAGUGUGGGAAACUCUUUAGGCACAACUCAAAUCACAUUAGACAUCGGAGAAACCACACUGGGGAGAGGCCUUAUGAGUGCAGCGUAUGUGGUAGACUCUUUAGCCAAAACUCCCACCUCAUUCGGCACCAAAACAUUCACACCAGAGAAAAAACAUAUGAAUGUGGUCAGUGUGGGAAGUUCUUUAUGGAUGGUUCCACACUCAUUAUUCAUCAGAGAGUUCACACUGGAGAAAAGCCUUACGAGUGCAGUGAAUGUGGGAAGUCCUUUAGAUACAACUCCAGCCUCAUUAAACAUCGGAGAAUUCACACUGGGGAAAGGCCUUAUGAGUGUGUCAAUUGUGGGAGAGGCUUUCGGCAGAACUCCCACCUUGUUCGGCACCAAGAUGUUCACACCAAAGAGUAUUGCAAACUGGAAAAGCCUUCAAAGAAAAGUCUGCUCUCAUUUAGCAUGGGAAGUACUGCUAUAUAGAUUGGGUUGAUUAUUUAUUUAUUUAUUUAU